AUGGAACUAGUUUAUGCUCAAUUUAAAAGCGCUAAAUUAAUUCGGCAAUCAGCACUCACAAGUGACAAUGUCAUCACCUUGCACAUAGAUUGGUCAGAGAAUUAUAAUUUAAAACAAGCAAGAGAAGAGCGUUCUGCAUACUACUAUGAACAACAUGUCUCUAUAGCAGCAGGAUAUGUUUGGCGAAAAGACAACUGUUUUAGUUUUGGAUGUUUAUCUGAUGAUACAAGUCAUCUGUCAGAAAGUACAUGGGCGGCAAUUCAUGAUUUAUUGGAUGAGUUAUUAAGUGGAAAAGAUCUUAAACACAUUACUGAGUUGAAUAUAAUAUCUGACUCUCCAUUAAGUCAAUAUCGAAACAAAACUACGAUUUUCUUUUUAAAAUAUUAUGCUACUAAUAGAAAAAUUACGACGAGAUGGUUGUUUUUGGCUAGUGGUCAUGGGAAGGGUAUAGCUGAUGGUAUCGGCGCUACUAUUAAGCGGUUAUUUGAUAAUGCAGUUCGAUUAAAUCCAGAUGAAUCAUUUAAAGGUGCUGAAGAUUUAAUGAGUAAAAUAAAGAAUUCGACAAAUAUUCGCCUGUACUUAUAUAAAAAAGAAGAUAUUCAUUCAUUAAGAAUGCAAAUUCCAUCAUUAAAAUCAAUUAAAGGAACGUCAAAGUUUCAUGAAAUUAUUGUUAAACCAAAUGGAGAAAUAUUUACAAAAAACAAGUCAGAUGAAACAGAAACUUUGAUACACACAACCUUUUAGAUUUUGAAUUAAUAGUCAAAACAUUUAGUGAUUUGAAUGAACAGUUUUAUACAUGAAACAUGAACAAUGGUUAACUUGGGUAUUUUUUUUUAUAGUAAACGUUGUUUCUUUUCUCGAAAACAAGCAUUGAUAUUGAUAAAGAUUCUGCUUCUCAUUGAUAUCGCGAAACAAUGUUACCACGCACUUAGUUCUAGAGGGCGUUCCUUGAAAAAUAUGCGUUUUUAAUGAUAACAAUUAUAUUAUACUAUCACAAACGCAUGAAUACAUGUGAAUAAAAUUAUGCUUAUGAGCCAUUCCACGUAAGGCACGACCGAUUCUCAAUAGGGACGCUCAAUCGAAGUUCUCUGAUUUGGUUCGUUGUUAUAUAUGUGAUGGAGCAAAGUGUUUGAAGCAUUUUGACGCAAGCCGAUUGAAAAAAUAUUGAGCCGUUCGUUUUUUAUAGCCAUUUUACUGAAGGCACUAUUAAAUCAGUGAAAAACGCAUUUUCACGAGAAGCGAUUUUCAGCACCCUAAAACUUCAAGAAAAGAGCAACUGAUUAAGGUAAAAUCUUUUUGUCUAUAAACAACUAAUCAAGUUGUACGUAUGCCAGAAAUUUCAGUUCAAUUAGUUGAAGCCUUGGUAUUUUAUGGAUUCCACAAUUUGAGGAAAAAUCAAUUUUUCAAGAAACUUUUGCUGUUUAUAUCUCGUGAUUAGCAAAUGAUAGAGAGCUGAAAUUUCGAACAUAAGUACAUCUUGUUACUACCUAACUACCAUAUAAAUUUCAGCUUGCUAGAGUAAAGUAAUCGUCCACAAUACCUGGAGCUAAAAAGAAUUUUUUCGUCAAAAUGUCGAUUUUUUACCUCGAUUUUCUCCUAAAAGAAACCCUAGUUUUUUAAUCGGUGUAUGUGUAAUUAAAGACCAUACUUUGGUCUACAGCCGACUAUAAAAAUCAACGUGGGACACACAUGGGUUGUGGAGAAAUCAAUCAAUCUUUUUUGAAAAAAUGAAUCCUUUUUGUCAAAAUGCCGCUUUUUGAGCUCGAUUUUCUCUCAAAAUAUACUUCAGAUUUUUUGUUCAUCUAUCCAGUGUGAAAGCCCACAUCUUGUUUUACAAGCUCCUUUGAAAAUCAACUUGGGGCGUGCCUCGGUUGUGAUGAUAUUAAGCGAUGCUUAUUGGAAAAAAAAAACUUUUGAAACUGCACUAUUUAGACUCGAAGUUUCCUGAAUAUUUCAAGAAUGGUUUGACUGAGAAUGUCCAAACUUUUAGAGAUGAUACAUCUCACAUAGCUAGAGGGUCCGAAAUGGAGAGAAUCUCAAAAUGCAACAAUCGAGGAUUUGCUUGAAUUCCAUUGGUUCAAAACG